AUUACCUCUUCCUAGCAAAUACAUAAAACAUUGUUCCUCACCAAGCAACAGUGUUGAUACGAUUGUACGUUCUUUUCAACAGUGCGUAAAAUAUUACGGAGUAACUUCAGAAUCACUCGAGGAGGCCUAGGCAAUGCUGCAGUAUACUCGAUACAUUAAAACAGUGCGUAAAAUAUCACGGAGUAACUUCAGAAUCACUCGAGGAGGCCUAGGCAAUGCUGCAGUGUACUCGAUACAUUAAAACACAGGUACAAGAAACACACCAUUUACCUCUUCCUAGCAAAUACGUAAAACAUUGUUCCUCACCAAGCAACAGUGUUGAUACGAUUGUACGUUCUUUUCAACAGUGCGUAAAAUAUCACGGAGUAAACUUCAGAAUCACUCGGGGAGACCUAGGCAAUGCUGCUGUAUACUCGAUACAUUAAAACACAGGUACAAGAAACGCACCAUUUACCUCUUCCUAGCAAAUACAUAAAACAUUCUUUCUCACGAAGCAACAGUGUUGAUACAAUUGUACGUUCUUUUCAACAGUGCGCAAAAUAUCACAGAGCAACUUGAGAAUCACUCCGGGAGGCCUCUCCGAGUUUAGGCACCAUCUCGCUGGCAAUUAUCGGGCUGAUGAUUCGCAGGGGGAACUGGGGUCGGGGCGAAGGCGCUACUCGCGUCGGGCGUCGCGACGCAAAUCGAUACGCGGCGCAGGCGGCGCGUCGACGGCGGUGUACGCGGCGGCGGCAGUGUUGUUUCCCUCGUACUGCGAAGAUGUCACCGGGUCGUGCGUUUUCCACGGGCCGCCGCCGGGAGCGAGCGGUACGCCCGCCAUGUCCGCGGCGCGCCAUCGCGACCUAGGAAUCCCGCGAGAUAAAUCCGCGCCUCCGACGGCAGCCGCGAGGUCCUCUUUGAUAUUCGGAAAAGCGCGUCGCGAGCUCGUUCCGCGCGGCGCCGCCUCCCGCCUCUACGCCGAGAAUCGAUCCCCGACGGAAGGACAGGGCGCGCGAAACGCGACGGGACGCGAGAGCGCGACGUCCGGCGGGUCCUGCGGGUGCGUCGCAUCCUCCGACGAGGUGGAGCGUCGAUUCGCUCAUAUCCGUCGUAUCCAUAACGUGUAUUUAUAACGGGGGGAUACGCGCCCGAGUGUGACGGUGACGCUCGCCUCGCGGGAGGUUCGACGCGGCGGGUCAUUGAGGCAGGUCGGCGUCGCAACGAAGGGAGAUACCACUCGUACCGAGAGGCAGAGCUCGCUCCUUUAACGUACAUAUCCCUCAUCUACGUUGUCCGUUAUGUAAAUAUUAAAUUGUGAGACCGAGUCCCGACGGGACGUCCAAGUCCGCCCGCGCACGGGAUCGCCGCUGGCGGGUGUCGUUACGUAAAAUUAUUCGCUCGGUGACGGACGAUCGACGAGGUGGUGCGCGCCGCGUCGCCACGCGCCGCUGAAUUAAACAGCAGCCACCUAUUAUUUCAUUCUCAUCGUCGGACCGCGGAGCGUCGAUAGUCCUCGUCGUCGCGCCGACCGACGGCGAGAGCUGGCGCGCCCAGGAUUUCCUCCACCCCGGCGAGACCCGCGAGCGGAGAGGCGGCUGACGUUAUCAUUGGGAAGGUGCAGUAUUUCACGGCGACUCCCUAUCAACCAGAUGGUUUCUGGCAGUGAUGCCCUCAUCGGAGGAGGAAAGCCAGUGGCUCGUUGGCAGCGGGGGCGGCCUCGCACCCUCCGGCGGCAGCGGGACGAAAACGGGCGGCGGGGAGCGCGGCGCGGCGAACACUAGGUCCGGCCUCUACACCGAGGAGAUGACGACGCAGCCGGCGAGCGUCGCCACGGCCGGCGUCAACUCGGCCUCGGCCGACUCCGCGGAGCACGACCUCAUCGACUCCAGCGCGGACGCGACCCUCCUCGCGCAGUUUCACGAGGACGCCAUCAAGCAGGCUGGCGUUGGCUAUUUCCAAAUACUCGCCGCUUUCUGCACGGGUUUGAGCCUAGCGGCCGACACCGUUGAGAUUUUCGUCGUACCUUACAUACUGCCGAGCGCAGAGGUCGAGCUUUGCAUCGAGGACAGCGAGAAGGGAUGGCUCGGCAACAUCACUCUCGUCGGCCUCGCACUGGGCGGCUUGUUCUGGGGCGGCCUCGGCGACAGAUUGGGAAGACGCAGGUCCCUCCUCUCGGCCAUGUCCGUGCACGCUCUGUUCAGCGGCGUCGCGACAUUCAUGCCCACCUACGGCACUUUUAUGACAGCUAGAUUUUGCUCGGCUCUCGGAGUGGGAGGAGCGGUACCACUGGCAUUCGUGUAUCUCGCGGAAUGCUGUCCACGGUUGAGCAGGGGCCGCUGGACGGGCAUACUCGUGGCAGCGUGCGCGCUCGGUGGCGUUUACGCGGCGCUCUUAGCUUGGGCGGUAGUGCCCACGACGGGAGAGAUGGUCGUCCUAGAGAAUAAGGAACACUUCAGCGCCUGGCAUCGUUUCUUGUUAUUAUGUUGCCUGCCGGCGUUGUGCUCGACAAUCGGUCUCAUCUUUCUACCGGAAAGUCCAAGGUAUCUCAUAGAGGCCGGUCGAGAUGUGGAGGCGAUGAUGGUCUAUCAGAGGAUAUACAAGAGAAAUAACGCUCGGAAAGGCGCAACGGGUACUCAAUAUCAGCUUUCUGAACUGGAACUUCCGACUAAAAGACCUCGUGGCUUGGCACCGCCGUCUCCUAGCAAUCACACUAGCGUUCUGGCGGACAUAAUUUAUUCCAUUGAAAUGUUCUGGAAUUCUUUCCUGGAAUUAUUUGCAACGCCUCAUCUACACGUGACUUUGGUACUGUUGAUUAUCUGGACCGCUGCUUCAUUCAGUCUUUACGGUCUUAUGAUAUGGUGUCCCGAAUAUCUGAAACUUUUGCGAGCGAGGGAAUACGAAACUGAAACUCAACACUUUGUUAAAGAGGAAUAUAAUGGUACAACGUUUACCGGUUCUUGGGAAAAUCGUCAGUACAAAGACUCUAUAUUCUCGAACUGCAAAUUUACUAAAAUGGUAUUCAGCCAUGUCGAUUUUGACAAUUGUACCUUCCAAUCGGUAGAGUUCAGUAGCAUUAAGUCUAGCAAAACCCACUUUAGAGACAGUGUUAUUGUAUAUUCAAAAUUUGUUGACACAGAUUUAUCCGCACAAGUUUUCACCAGAUGUAAAUUGGAGAAUAACACGGAGCUGAGUUUAAGCGGGUCCUGUCCGACUCUCGAUCUCGAUUAUAACAUUUAUAUCGAAGAGGCGUUGCAUGCUCAUCUCGUUGCUCAAUUGGCUUUCGUGCCCGCUGCCGUGCUGGCAGGUUUGGCACUCACCGUUCUCCAGCGGCCAAAACUGAUAAGUUUCCCGCUUUUCCUCUCUUCCAUUGCUGCAUCAUGUUUGAUGUUAAUUCACCAAAACAGCUCGGCAACUCUUGUAUUUGAAGGUGGUUUCACAGCCCUUUUUGCCGUUGGGUGGACAUCGUUAACUUUGGUGACAGUCGAGAGCUUCCCCACGCACUUAAGGUGUACCGCUUUUGGGCUCAUAGCAGCAGCUAUAAGAAUAUCGGGUCUGAUAGGAACCACAACAUAUCAGACAUUAGUGGAUACGCCUUUAAUCGCGCCCGCACUAUUGACUGCGCUGGCACUACUCAUCGCUAGCAUUAUAACUUUUAAAUUGCCUCAUACUCAUACUGUCUUUUUGUAAACUUUCCAUCGGUAGAAAAGAAUAUCAGCAACGCAUAUCUAAAGCUAAAAGUUUGUGGCACACGACACAAACUUAUAUGAUACUUUAUCAUCUGUGACGAAUGAAUUCUUCGAAAUGUUGACUAAUCUCGAAUGUGUCGGAGACAUAAUGGAGGCAUGCUAUUCCUUAUUCUUAGGAUUUAUUCGAAAAAGAAAAAAACUGAUGUUCAAGACAUGUCAAUAAUUUAUUGAUCAAAAGGAGAAAAUUUUUUAGAAGCUGAGACUUUGUACAAAGUUACAUAUCCUAAGUAAUGAAGCACUGUUGUCUUUGGCGGCACUUGCAUAUCUUGAAGCGCACAGAACGUUCACGGCGACUUUAGCGAUCUUUGCUAACGCAGAAUAACUUGAAGUUGGAUCGAAGCACUAUCCUGUUGUUCGUGGAACGUGACCGACAACGCUACGUGCGAGCGAUACUAACGUUCAGGAAUAAUAUUCAAGGGGGAAGGUUUUCAAGAAGAGCGGACGUUUCCGUGCGCAAUAUAAUCACUCUAAUAUAAUCACUCAACUAUUUUACCUUUGACGAUAUAUAAACCGUUAUGCAAGUAUACUGAGCAAAGGACACACACAUAUGUGCAACUAUUUUAAUAAGGCUUAUGCCAUGAAACGUGUCAAUUUUAAUAGAGGAUGCACAGUCAUCCAUAAUGAUAUAUCAUAUAUAUUAAGAAACAUUAAUUAGAGAGGUGUAUCGGCAAAUGCAGUUUGAUAUCUCAAUUAUUAUUCCAGAGACGCAACGCUUAUAGAAGACAUAGCUGUUCUUACUUUCAAUCUAUAGAUGGAGUAAUAUCGAUACACGAUGUGGUGAAACCUGGAUAUAUUCCUAUACAGUUUGCGGAAGGUACCUGUAUUCUCGGAGAAUAACACGAGACUUUGCAUGAAUAUCCAUCGCAUACAGACCGCUUGUGAUGAUACAACAAAUCAUUUUAUAUUUCUGUGCGAAAAGAUCACUCUAUGCACGGGAAACAUUCCUAUGAAGGGAAAGUAAUCGAGCAAUCGUUCAGUACUUCCGCUUUUUACCGAUUUAUUAGCAUGCAUUAGAUCUGCUAACUAGACGCUAGAAUGCCGCUGAUUCGAUAAAUGGCAGAGAAAGAAAGAGGGGCAUGAUUCAUAUAAACGCUGCCGUAUGAAAUCUCAAUUCCUAGACGAAGACUUUCGAGCGAGAAACAAGAUAGAGAAAAUUCAGCUUCUUAGCGUAAAAGAGAUUAUCAUCUUCAACGUUAAUUGUCUUCAAGCUUACAAUCAAUUACAUAUAUGAACGUGUGUGUCUGACUUUCUAGUGAUGUGUAUAUUAAAACGUAGAAUGUUAUUUUCUACGAGAAUCAGGAUCACACGUCUUGACGUAAAUAUAUACAAAAUGUAAUAUCUGUGUAAUAUUCACUUGGAGAAACUUUGCUAAAGUUUUAUCAUUGCUGAGACGACACACAGUGGAUGAUACUGGCAAGCUGGAAAGAAUAUCAAAAGAAUCUCUGGAAAAAGAGAGGCAACUUAUUUCUGGGCAAUAAGAAUGUGAGAACGAUGAAGAUGGCGAUGACGUCUCGCCUACUAGAAUUCAGAAAAUGCACCUCGUGAAGUCUCCGAGGUGUUCAUCAAGACGGGGGAGGACGUCGGCAGAUUUAAUAAGAUAAAUGUUUACGUCCCAUCACGGUUAGUGAGUUUUUUUUUCAUAUCAGACUGUUGACGAUCGAUAUAUAUGUACACAAGAGAUUAAUAUCCGGGCCGAGGUUUACGAGCGUCUCGUCGAGAGAAGUGGAGAGAGACCAUUGCGAUGACCGACACUUGAAUGCCAUUACACAUUCCAGUGGUUCUCCUGGGGACGAUUUCUUUUCUCCUUCAAUGAAAAUCCUAACGGAAGUCGUCCGUUUCUGCUUAGGGAAGUCGCAAUUCGUCGUAAACUUGGUCGUGGAGCGAGUUGUGUCGGUGAGGCAAUUGCGACUACGUCAAUCUGCGUGAUAUCGAGUCACGUGGAUCACAAUACAUAUGGACGAGGGAUUUGGACCACGAAAUUUAAGCAUGCUUACGAAACUCGUCGGGACCAUACGACGUUCUUAAUAGCUUCUUUUCAGAUUGGAAAUUAGCCAAAGUACAAUAAUGUUGAGUCAACACCGAUGCCGGCACGCACACACGCAGCUCCACGUAAUUAAUUCUGCUACAACAUUCAAAUCUAUUGUCACACUCGUAGAUAUAUAUUUAUAUAUAUAUAAUAUAUACCACAUUUUACUCGACAUAUCAUAUUUAUGAGCAAACACUCUAGAUUUGUAGGCCUUAGUCAGACUAUUGACUAGAAACACACGUAGGAAAAAUACGUAAAGACGGUCUCGUGCGAGAUGACUCUCGAGUAAAGUAGACUGAUCGAGUUAGAGGAUCUGCCGAGGCACUAUUUCCUAUCUUGCGUUUCCUUAGCGAGUUACGUUUAGCCGAUAAAUAUAGCGUAUAUACAUUUUUGUUUUAUACAACGAGAUUAUCAACUGAUUGGAUGAUAAAGAGGGGAUGCAAUACUCGUGCAAUCUGGUCAAACGUGCAUUUUACUAAUACUAAGUUACAAUUACUCGACGAUUCUACUAAUAUUACAUGUAAUUAUUUAUUGUCAUCGAGGAUGUUACAUACCGAGUAUACAUAUCACGCUAAUCAGACUGGAAUUAGCGAUCAGUUGGUAAUCACUGUGUCACGGAGAGACUGCUUCUUAUUGUUAAAAUUAAAAGGAUUUAAUUAGUUAAGAUCUUUUACAUAUAGCCGGCAAUGACGCGUGAGACAUUGUACAAUAUAUCAUUUCUACUUUAGAGUUUACGUUUGGUCACACAUUCGACUGAUCGCAUAGUUUUUUAAUCCUUACGAUACGGAAAUAAGAAGCGACACUUUGAGGCGAGGUUUUUACGCGAGAUUGUAUGGCAAUGUAUGAACAAGUGAGAGAUAAUGUCUUUUAAAAAGUGUUAUCGUAAAAUAUAUUUAUAUCUGUCGAGUUUGAUUACAAAAUUUAUAGAAUUAUUUUUUAACAAACAUGAAAUUACACAGCAAUAUUUAUUGUACAUUAUCGGUCGUGUCGAGAAAUUAUGUUAAACAAAUGUAAGCAGAAAGGACAUUUUACUAUCGAUAUAUUAUCAUUAUUUCGUGUAUCAAUACUUCUACGAAUAGAAUAGGAGAGUUAAUUUUGCACUCUGUUUUUUCCUCUCGAGUUUUCUCACUUAAAAGUUCGUAUAAUUGUAAGUUUUUAUCAAAAGUCUACUUCACGAAAAUUGUACCGUUCAAAAGCGAUUCAUAGACAAGUAUAUUUUCCAAAGUUACAUGACGUAAAACAAACUUUAUUUACAUAAUUGAAAUUAAUAUAGCAUCGUUUCCGGCCUGCUGCGUUGUACGUUCAUAGAACACUAAUAUUGCUUUCUGCACUGAGCUUGUGAAAAAAAAACUGUUGCGAAAUAUUUUAUCGUAAUAAUUAAAUAAGUAAAAAUUAUUAGGUUUCUUAGCGACAAGUCACUUUAUUUCGAGAACUAAUCCAAGAGAGGAUGUACAUUAUUUUUAGGGUACACGUCUCGGGAAGAAUUGCACGUAGCGCUCGACACUACGUAGGAAGGCAAUUAAUUUAUUUUACAUUGCUAGAGGAAAUCCGCGUUUAAUGCGAGUUGUUCUAUUAUUCGUCGGUUGACUCAUUUGUACAUAGUCCUUAUAGCGGUAGUAUAAUUCUCUAGUAUAAUUUCAAUGCCGAUCGAAGGGUAUAGAUAGCCACUAGAUCGUUAGCCACUAGCGCGUCUAGAUCGUUUAGCGUUAUCGUUUCGCUCGGCGCGUCCGUAAGGCCGAGAGCGAACGCGAGAGAUUAUGAUAAUCCUUCAAGUAAUAAUUUCGCCAGCGAGUCCAGCGCUCGAUGAUUUUUUAUAAAUUGUAUAAAUUAUAUCAUUAUAUUCUGCGAGAAAGUAGAUACUUUGUGCAACGCUUUGAACGAGAGCAAUUGCAAGCACACACUUUAAUGUAUAUUGUAUAUCUAAUAUUAUAAUAUUAAUAUAUUAUAUACAUUAGUACAUAUUAUAUAAUAUUUUAAUGACGAGAGAGAAAGCCAGAGAGAGGGGUAGUGACGAUGCGUUUUGCUCACGAUAUACUUUCGAGCCGCACACGUUUUUACGCUCUUAGAAUCAAGUCCACAGACACAUAAUAGCAAUCAUUUUAUAAAUCCUGUUCUUUCAACAUCGUUUGAUGGCGAGGUAUCGAACCGAGAAAGGUAGAGAGAACGUCUUCGGAAAGUUCGGAAUUUCCGCGAACGGCGUGUUACUGCGUACUCGCGGAAACAUUUCGAUUUUCUCGAGGCCGAAACGACGGCGACGCGACGCUGAGCGUGGCGAAGAAUGCCGGGAGUCCGUUUACACAUUGAUCUCGUCGUGUAAUUUUCGUACAAUAAAAUGUCGCGAGUUGUGACGGUAUUUAAUAAGGUUCCGCAGCAAAAUGUACGAAUGGCAUUAAUGAGAAUUUUAUUGAAUCGAAA